AGGAAGUCAGUAAACAAAAUGGAAACUUUAGGGGUCUUACAAAUGCACGAUGAGAGACCUGAGGAAACUUAUGCAGCACCCUCAUCUUCUAAAAGAAGAAAGUCGGUAUCUAAGGUCUGGAACGACUUCGAAAAGGUUGUAAUAGACGGGAAGGACAAGGCCGUGUGUAAACAUUGUAAUAGGGGGUUCGUAGGGUCCAGCAAAAGUGGGACCACACACCUGAAGAAUCACUUGUCAAGAUGUCCAGCUACGAAAGAGGGAGAAACACAUACAAAAAUGAUGAGUACUCAUCUUGAAACAGCCGACGUUGAUGGGGACAUUGUGUUUGAUGAUGAAAGGAGUCGCUUGGAUGUGGCAAGAAUGAUAAUUAAGCAUGGAUAUCCAUUGGAUAUGGUUGAACACGAGUUUUUUCAAACUUUUGUGAAGAAUUUACAGCCUAAGUUCAAAUUUUAUUCUCAAGACACCUUAAAGGCUGACAUUCUUCAUGUCUACAAAAAAGAGAAGGAGAAACUCUACAAGUAUCUUGGUACGCUUUCUUGUCAUUUCAAUUUAAUAAUUCAGUUUUGGACAUGUCAUAGUAAGAAGAAUGUGUAUUGUUGUUUCGCCCUACAAUUUCUUGAAGAUGGUCUGAUAUUGAAGAAGAAGAUUCUUGCCUUGAAAAAGGUAGAUCAAUACAAUAAUGAUAUUGCAACAGCAAGAACUUUGUUUGGAAUAGUGACAAGUUUACUUCGGGAGUGGAACAUUGACAAGAAAUUAUGCUCUAUUACUUUAGAAAGUUCUUACUCAAAUGAUGUAAUGGUGCGAGACUUGGAAAGCUGGAUUAACCAUCGAGCUCGCCGGUGACUUUUAUGCGAACAUUUCUUCCACAUCAAUUGCAUUACAAACAUUAUAAACCAUCUUUUACAGGAUGGGUUGAAUGAGAUUAGUGGGAUACUUCAUAAGAUAAGGAACAUUAUAAGAUAUAUUAAUGGAGCAUCAGUACUUUGGAAACAACAUUAUCAGUCUACCAUAAAGCAACACAAUUUAGAAGACAAAUAUAGUACAAUAUGUGAAGAUGUUUCUACACGAUGGAAUUCUAGAUUUCUCAUGCUUGAGAGUGCCUUGGAGUUGAGAAAAGUGUUUUCUCUCCUGGAAGUUUAUGAUCGUGGCUUCGUAGCUGUGAAUCCAUCUGUGGAGGAAUGGGAUAUGGCGAUCGUCGUAUACAAAUGUUUGAAAGUUCUAUAUGAUGCUGUUUGUUGUUUUUCUGGAAGCAAAUGUCUUACUGCAAAUGUGUACUUCCCUAAGGUUUGUAGCAUUCACCUUAGACUGCUUGAAUUGCAAAAAAGUGAACACACAAAUAUUCGCUCGAUGGCAAUUCGAAUGAAAGAGAAAUUUGACAAGCAUUUUCGUGAGUGUAGAACGGUUUUGGCAAUUGCAGUAAUUCUUGACCCUCAAAAAAAAUUUGACUUCGUUCAAUUUGCAUUCAAGCGCUUAAAUGGUUGUGAUGAGGCUGAGAGAAUUUUGACAUAUAUUCGUAAUACGCUUAAUGAUGUUUUUGAGGAUUAUGUAAAGGAACUUAGCAUGCAUGCAUUAUCCUCUUCUUCUGUCAGCAAUCGUAAUAGUAAUAACUUCUCAUCACAUUUUGAUAAUGAUAAUUGCGAUAUGCUGGAUAUGUGGUACGAGUCUAAGCAUCGUAACUUUAUUGCCUCCUCAAGGGCAGAACUCGAUCGAUAUUUAGAAGGGGAGAUCAUUGAUAAUGCAUAUAAAGAUUUUGACAUAUUGGGUUGGUGGCGUGCCAAUAGUUUAGAUUUUCCAACUAUUGGGAAGAUGGCUCUUGACAUUUUGGGAAUUUCAAUGUCAACUUGUGUAAUUUCAGAUUCUAGUUUCGAUACUGAAGCUAUGACGAUGAUCAAUCCAGUUUUUUAUGGCCUCGAUCUUGAGAUCAUAGAAGCUUUGGUAUGUGGAGAGUACUGGUUAGACAGACCUACAAAAAAGACACUUAAUAAGGAAGACGAACACUCUUCUUGUUACUCUCUCAAUGGAGGACAUACUGAUCAUGAUCAUACUUCAAUGGCUUUGGCUAUGCCUUCUUUAAGCAACUCGGAGUUUGAUCAAGAGAAAUCGGAUUCUCCCUCUGCUGCCAACACAAGACUCGUGCUUGGAAGUCCCAGUUCAAUUCUAUCCCCUGAGAUCAUUUGCUCUCCAGUUACCUCUUGUUCCCCAACAUUCCCAUUAACAGUCCCCGAACAGCCUCUCUCUCCCCCACCUUAUCUUACUGCCAUAAUGGCCUUAAGUCCCAUUAACAGCCCCCCAAAACUUACUUCCGGUACUGCUUUAUGGGAUCAAGAUGAACAAGCAUAAGCUAUGACCAUCGACUUAGUACUUCUCUAUAUGGAUAAAAUGCACGAGUUAGGUCUUAAUUAAAUAGCUUCAUAUGUUCUUCUUUAAUACCCUCCCUCACUAUGGUUAAUUUCUAUGUAUGUCAAUAUU